AUGAAUCAUUGGAGUGCCUUAGACCAGCUCCUGGUAAAGGUUCAAACCUACUCCACAGCUGGAGGAAAGGUGUGGCUCUCAGUCCUUUUCAUUUUCCGAAUCCUGUUCCUGGGGACUGCCCUUGAGUCAGCCUGGAGUGAUGAGCAGCUUGCCUUCCAUUGCAACACUCAGCAACCUGGUUGUGAAAAUGUGUGCUAUGACCAGGCUUUCCCAAUCUCUCAUGUGCACCUCUGGGUCCUGAAGAUCAUAUUCAUGUCUAUGCCUACACUCUUAUACAUGGCACAUGUGUUCUGUGUGAUACGACGGAAAGAGAAGUUGAACAUGCAAGAGGAGGAACUCAGAGUUGCUCUAAUUAAUGGUCCCAGUGUGGAGAAGUUCUUACAGGAAGUUGCAGUGAAGAAGUUUAAGUAUGGAAAUGAAGAACAUGGUGAAGUGAAAAUGAGAGGGGGGUUGCGUACCUGUGUGAUUAGUAUCUUUUUCAAGUCUGUUUUCGAGGUGGCCUUCCUGCUGAUCCAAUGGUACAUUUAUGGAUUCAUCCUGAAUCCAGUUUAUGUCUGUGAACAUGAGCCCUGCAUGCGUCAGGUCAACUGCUUUCUCUCUCGCCCCACAGAGAAAAGCAUCUUCAUCCUCUUCAUGCUGGCAGUGUUCCUGGUGUCACUUACCUUGAAUAUCAUUGAGCUGGCCUACAUCUUAUUUAAGAGCAUUAAUAUUAAUAAUCAUCUGAAAGAUAAGGAGAAUGAGGCUUACUACAAUACAGCUGACCUACAGAGCCCUUACAGUGGCUCCUUACCAAGUUUUCUCUCCACUUUGUCUCCUUCUGAGGACCAGGUGGUUCCUGAAGGAAGUAGUUGUUCCUAUAUUUAA